GGGGCCGGUGAUCCUGAGGGCACCUGAACGGCAGGCCCCAUGCCAAAGAAAGGAAAGAACAAAAAAGCAGCUGCAGAGCCUGAAGUCGAAAUCGACCCCGAUCUCAAGGAGCUCACCAUUCCAAAUGUCAAAGAUCGGAUCGAUGCGCUUCAGUACCGCCUCAGCAAGGCGGCCAAAGAUAGAAACUACAUGCAGCUGGAAAAAGACAUGGUGAACAGGUUCUAUGAGAUCACCAAGUCGGAGGUGAAACAAAUCGAAGCUGAGCUUCUCAACAUGGACCGGAAGAUGGAGAUCCUGGAACGAGACUUCCGGGUCCACAUCAAGGUUCAUGAACAGAAGGUCCAAAACCUGGAGUAUGAGCACAAGGAGGCGAAACGACAGGUGAACGACACAGGGAACAACGACCUUCAGAAAGAGCGCGAGAUGCACUCGGAGCAGCUUCUCCAGAUGAACAAGGAGAAGCUGGACUUGAAGCGUGACAUCCGAGAAACGCAGCUGGAAAAUGAGGGCCAGGUCAAGAUGCUCAUCCAGGGCUUUGCAAAGCGCUUGCAAAACCUUCGCGACACCUUUGAGCAGAACCACCAGCAGUUGCAGGCUCAAUACGAGGAGCAGGUGGAACAGCUCAAGAUCGAUCUGGAACUCCGCCGCAAGGUGGAAAUUCACGAGAUCGAAGAGCGAAAGAAUCAGCAUAUCAACGAGUUGCUGUUCAAUCAUCAGGAGGCUUUCGAUGAGAUCAAGGCCUACUACAAUGAUAUCACCCACGACAAUCUGCAGCUGAUCAAAUCCUUGAAGGAUGAGAUCAAUGAAAUGAAAGAAAAGGAGAAGACCAACAAGAAGAAAAUGGAUCUUCUCCGACAGGAGAACAGAGACUUGACUCAGCCUCUGGAGGACAAGUUAGAAGAGCAGAGGGUUUUGGAGGAGGAGCUCAAGACCUACACCAAGGACAAAAUGGCCUUGAAAAACCUCAAGGCCCACUACAAGAGAUUAGAGGAGCAGAUCUCAGAAGCCAAGCAGGAGUACCGAGCCUGCGAGGAUACGGAUGCGGUGCAUCCGUUGGGAGACGCAACGCAGCAGGACAAGUUUAGAAAAAUGGAAAAAGAGCGCGACGUUCAGAUCUUAGAGCAGACGGCCCACUGGACCCCACUGGACCCCACUGGACCCCACUGGACACAGGACCUCUACAAGCGUUUCAAGAAGGCCGUGCAGGAGAUCCAACGCAAGGCCGAGCUGGGCAAAAAUGUCGUCUUGGAAAAGAAGCUGGAGACCUUGUCUCAGCAGUUCGAAGAGAUCCUUGGGCAGUCAAUGCUGCUCCAGUUGUAG